AUUAUCAGUAUCUUAUCAUCAAUGUACAUAACACACAUGAGAACUUGCAUUACAUUGAAAUAAUUUUCAUCAGAAAAAAAUUAAUGGUUUACUUAAUAGUUGAAUGAUUCUAGUCUACGUUAAUUAUCGUCACAAUGGUUCACCGCGAAUUAAUUCAAAAAAUGAUUCAGUUUUCAGCGAAAACGAAGCCUUUUGAAGCAAUGAUGGGAAAAAUUAAAGUUAUAUCGGCCGGUAAUGGAAAAUUGGAAGCUGAAAUGAAGGUAGAAGAACAACACACAAAUAUUUUCGGUACCUUACACGGAGGUUGUACGGCUACGUUAGUUGAUUGUAUGUCCGGUUAUGCCUUAUUAACUCAUCCGAAAUUGGAGAAAAAUAUUACUUCAUCGCCUCAUUCUGGUGUUUCCGUUGAUAUGCAUUUGACAUAUCUUCGGGCAGCUUCAAUUGGUGAAGAUAUUUUGAUUAAAGCAGAUACUACCAAAGCGGGGAAAACUCUGGCGUUUUUAAAAGUCACUAUUUUGAAUAAAAAGACUGGCGACGUUCUAGCCAAAGGAUCCCAUACGAAAUAUAUUGCUCAGUGAAUAUCGUAUCAGACUUUCUAGUAUUACUCGAAUAUCGAGCGUGAUGUUACCAUGUAUAAAAUAUUUUCAUUAGAUUCAAUACGUCUUGA